AGAUUCCUGACUGACAGAGUGUGUGAGCGCUACAGUGGACUAGGGGAUCAGUCUUGUGGACUGUGUGUUUGUGAGAAGUCCUUUCUGCAGACAUGGAGACCCAUUUCCUGAUGAGAGUGUUGUGAGUCCGUUGCAGCCCUGUCACGCCCACAGCGUCCCCUCUCGGCCCAGGCGGCCCACCACGGCCCCCUGGCCUCCUCCAUGAAGGGUUACCAGGUCAGCCGCAGCCUGUCCCAGUACUCCUCUGUUGGAGAAGGGACACACACACCGUGUGACUGCGACCCUGACCCCCGCUCCGUCCGAGACUACGAACACUACGACGGAGCGGGACACCCCUACUACCCCCCCGGGGGUCCCCCAGAGCAUCGUUUCCUCUCCUCUCACUCUGGAGGGGGGACGUUCCCCCGUUCCCACCCCAGCCAUCACCCCGUGCCCCAUCAGUACGACUCAUGCGAAGAGUGCCUGUCCACGGUUGGGGGUCACGUGGCUAAGAUGCACAGCCUGGAUCAGUUUGAGAGGCAGCUUCCUCCUGACGGGUUCCACACCCUGCAGUACCAGAAGAGCGCCAGCGGGGCGGAACAGCGCGGCGAGAGCCCCUCCCGUAUCCGCCACCUGGUUCACUCAGUCCAGAGACUCUUCGCCAAGUCCCACUCCCUCGAGGCGCCGUCGAAGAGGGAAUACAACGGCACACGAGGAGGAGGGGAUUACCGGGAAAGAGGAGGAGGAGGAGAAGAAAGGAGCGGAGGAGAGGAGGGCGUUGGGCAUCAUUAUUCGGGCCACCAGUCCCGCUCGGUGAAGCGCAGCAAGUCUCGCGAGCGCUCCAAGAGCGGGGAUGGGCGCCACGAGUCGUCCGGUCGGCGCCACCGGAACCGAACUGCCGGGUGGUGGAGCUCCGACGACAACCUAGACAGUGACAGCAGCUUUCUGGUAACCGCAGGCAACGCCGGGCCAGGUGGUCGAGGUGGCGGUCCAGGUGGCGGGCGAGGUGGCCACGAGAGUCUGGACGCUGCUAUCCAGGAGCUGACCAUGAAGAAACUGCCCAAGCAGGGGAGUGUACCACCAGGGCCCGGACCGGGGGAGUGCAUGGCCUGUACCACUCUGGCCCUGGCAGGGGGGGAGGGUGGCGGAGGGGGAGUGGCAGGGUACCAUGGAGGGCCAGGACAACACUCUUUGAAGAGGAGCACGUGGUCGGCCAUGACGGUCAGCCAGGCUAGAGAGGUGUACCCAUCGUCUGUCCGGGGAGGAGGAGGAGGAGGAGGCUAUGACAAGGCCUUGGUACCUCUGGAGAACAAACUGAAGGAGAGGACCUUUCACUACCUACAGGUCCCGUCAGACGGGGUGGAGUGGGCUGGGCUUGGGGGCUACCCAGGCGGGGGUGGUCCUGACGGAGGAGGAGGGGAGAUCCCCUGCAGGCGCAUGCGGAGCGGCAGCUACGUCAAGGCCAUGGGAGACGACGACAGUCAGGACUCUGACGCCAGUCCUAAAUCCUCUCCUAAAACCACUAUUAUCGCCCAGAGAGAGGCCUUCAGACGCUCUGUCAGCAUGGACCACAGAUACUCGUGUAAGCAGUGUGUAGAUGCUACGCUACCAUAUGCUCACAACAUAAGCACGCCGAAGAGUCACGCACGCUCUCGGAGCUACACGCGGUCUCUGACCAGCUCACAGUUGGGUGACUCUCUGAAUCGUCAGUUUGAGGCGGUGUGUGAGACCAUGUUUGGAGAGAUAGAGAGUCAGGCGGUGGAAGCCUUGGAUCUGCCUGGCUGCUUCCGGACCCGUUCCCAUAGUUACGUCCGCGCCAUCCAGGCCGGCUGUUCCCAAGACGACGACUGCCUGUCCGUCUUCUCCAUGUCAGGACCCAGCAUCAAGGGAGGGGUUGUCAUCCCAUACCGUAAGGCUGGCCCUCCCCCUCUCCCUCCCCGUAUGUCUAAGCCUACGAUCUCUGUGAGGGCUCAGAGCAGUACAGAGUCUACCCAGGAUGCCUACUUCCAGAACACAGGCCAGCCUGCCCUGGGACGGCCCAGACAACACCAGAGCAGCUCUGUGGACCUGGGAAUCACUGAUGUUGCAGUGUCUGGUCAGACCUCCAGGGGAUCCAGGGAAAGGGGUUGCUACACAGGACCAGGACAAGGCCGCUCCCGCCAGCACUCCAACUCUGCCGAGAGCCUGGAUGGUGGCCCCCGGUGGGGCAGGGAGCUUGUACUCUAUGGAGUUGGAGGACAAGGGCCCCCCAGAGUAAAACACAGCGGCUCCGCUGAUAGUCUCUUGGAGGGGCCCAGGGGAAAGGAGAGGGGGGAGAGGGAUGUGGGACGGGCAGGGGGAAGUCUGGGGAAGUCUGCCUCCCUCCCACAGAACAGUAUGGUGCUGAGCAAGAUGGGAGGAGGAGGAGGAAGAGGAGGAGGACAGGAGGAGAACAAGACGGAGAGAAGAGGAAGGAAUUGGAGGCCGUCUAUCGCUAUACAGGUGGACAGCUCGGAGACCCUGUCAGACUCAGAACCGGAUGGCAAGGCUCUGAGAGAGGUUCACUCUAUAGGGGUGCAGGUGGAGGAGGACAAGAGACGUGCUCGGUUCAAGCGCUCCAACAGUGUGACGGCCAGCGUCCAGGCAGACCUGGACCCAGAGGGCGGUUACCCGGGCCUCACCUUCGCUGUUCCUACCCAGGAUAAGAGCCUCCAGUUCGGCUGCUCCUUCCAGAGACACUCCUCAGAGCCAGAGUCAGCCGACCAGUACGCAGAGUACCACCGCACGGUGCACACCCAGGGCCAGUGGGCCUACAGAGAAGACUAUGUCCAGGAUGGUUACGCUACAGACCCCCACCAGAUCCCCCCGCUGCCCCCGCGGGCCCACUCCCCCCUGCCCCUCGCUGCAGACCGUGGUGGCUGGAUAGGCACACCCCAGCCCUCACUGGAGGGGGGUCUCCGUAGUCUACCUGAUUCCGGUCGCGCCUCGCCCUGUCUGAGAGACGGAGAGUUCUUCCUACGCCUCCUUCAGACAGAGGUGGAGAGGAUGGAGGGAUGGUGUCAGAACAUGGAAAGAGAGGCAGAGGAGAACGAGCUGCCGGAGGAGGUUCUGGAGCUGAUCCGUAAUGCGGUGGGCAGUGCCCAGAUGCUCAUGACCCAGAAGGUCCAGCAGUUCUUCCGUCUGUGCCAGCAAAGCGUGGACCCGUUGGCGUACCCCCAGCCCACCUCUCAGGACCUGUCCGGGCUCUGGGACCUGCUCCAGCUCAACGUGGAAGACGUCAAGGGCAAGUUCCAGCACCUCCAGAGGCUCAAGGACUCCGGCUGGAGGCUUCCCCCAGACAAGAAAGAUGACAAGAAGCUUCCUCCCCCACUACCAAAGAAGCCAGCUGGGGGGGUGAGCGGCAGUCUCCGUGCCGACAGCGUCAGCGACCUCUCAGUGGAACGAGGGGUAGGAGGAGGCGGAGGGGUGCUGGUGAUGCCCCGUAGCGGGGGUGUGGGACGGGCCGUGCCUGUCCGGGAGAAGUCCUUAGACCUGGGGGACAGACAGAGGACGGAAGCACGCAGGAGACUGCUCCAGACCAAGAGGUCCUCUUCCUUCAGACAGAACUCAGCCACGGAGAGCGCCGACAGCAUCGAGAUCUACAUCCCAGAGGCUCAGACCCGGCUCUGAACAUGGAGAUACAGCCCUUUAUCCCAGUGAACAGAACCGACUCUGAACAUGGGUGGAGAUUUACAUCCCGAGGCUCAGACACUGAACAUGGACAUAUAAGGAGACCCGUAUCAGACUUCUAUCCUAACCUACAAGAACUUGAGAUCUACAGAUCUGACUCUGAACACUGGGACCGUUCUAAACGUGGCCCUAUAACCUCCUAUCGGACCACUAGACUACCCUAGAUCAACAACAACCCUCCCAAGUCCCAUACACUGAACCCCCUCAAUGAUGAUGUUGACCAGGGGUGGGCAACUCCAGUCCUCCAGGACACGGUUGGUUUCACACUUUUUCCCCUUCCCUAGAAAACACAGCUGAUUAAUCAAAUGUCAUUCUAAACCGAAGAUCAUGAUUCGGUGAUUAUUGAAGUCAGGUUUGUUAGCUGGGGAAAAACUGUGACACCAAUCAGACACACCGGAGGAUUGGAAUUACUCACCCCUGAUAUAGAGCCAUACCAAAUGUCUCAUCCCUUCAGUUCUGACCUGCAUCUCUCUGCGUAUACUGACUCUCUCUCUCAAGCCUUUACUGCUGGGAAUGCUGGGUCCCAUCAUCAUGCCAUUCCAGGACAUGGCAAGACAGAAGGAGUGAACACGAGGCGACAGCGGCCAUUUUGUGGAAUCUGGAGCCAAAAUGGAGGCUACAGGAUCAUAGUUGGCUCCACUCGCAUUUCUCCUCAUCUUUUUUUGGCAGAAAUAAAAUGGAGAGAU